GCGUGUCGUGGGCGGGACGGCGGAGCGGGGCGCCAUGUCGCGGCGGCGGUGGCGCGGCCCUCAGGGCGCCGAAGGUGGCGGGCGCGGAGCCGACAUGGGGAAGAUGGCUACGGGCGGCGGCGGCGGCGGUUCCGGCCGAUAUUACGGCGGAGGUGGCGGCAGCGAAGGCGGGAGAGCCCCUAAACGCCUGAAAACCGAGAGCGCGGAGGCGCCGCCUCAUGGGUCCGGCGGGCCGGGGGGCGCGGGCGGCGGGGCCGGAGCGGGAGGAUCGGAGAACUACGAGGACCCGCACAAGACGCCGGCGUCGCCCGUGGUUCACAUCCGCGGCCUCAUCGACGGCAUCGUGGAGGCCGACCUGGUGGAGGCGCUGCAGGAGUUCGGGCCCAUCAGCUACGUGGUGGUGAUGCCAAAGAAGCGGCAGGCCCUGGUGGAGUUCGAGGACAUCCUGGGCGCCUGCAACGCCGUCAACUACGCGGCCGACAACCAGAUCUACUUCGCCGGCCACCCCGCCUUCGUCAACUACUCCACCAGCCAGAAGAUCUCGCGGCCCGGCGACAGCGACGACGCGCGCGGCGUCAACAACGUGCUGCUCUUCACCAUCCUCAACCCCAUCUACUCCAUCACCACGGACGUGCUGUACACCAUCUGCAACCCGUGCGGGCCGGUGCAGCGCAUCGUCAUCUUCCGCAAGAACGGCGUGCAGGCCAUGGUGGAGUUCGACUCGGUGCAGAGCGCGCAGCGCGCCAAGGCCUCGCUCAACGGCGCCGACAUCUACUCGGGGUGCUGCACCCUCAAGAUCGAGUACGCCAAGCCCAGCCGCCUGAACGUGUUCAAGAACGACCAGGACACCUGGGACUACACCAACCCCAACCUGAGCGGGACAGGAGACCCCGGCGGGAACCCCAACAAACGGCAGCGGCAGCCGCCCCUGCUGGGAGACCACCCGGCCGAGUAUGGAGGUCCCCACGGCGGCUACCACCACGGCCACUACCACGACGACGGGGGCUACGGGCCCCCUCCCCCGCACUACGAGGGCCGGCGCAUGGGGCCCCCCCCGGUGGGGGGUGGGCACCGCCGGGGUCCCGGCCGCUACGGCCCCCAGUACGGGCACCCCCCGCCGCCGCCGCCGCCGCCCCCCGACUACGGCCCGCACGCCGACUCGCCCGUGCUGAUGGUGUACGGCCUGGACCAGGCCAAGAUGAACUGCGACCGCGUCUUCAACGUCUUCUGCCUCUACGGCAACGUCGAGAAGGUGAAGUUCAUGAAGAGCAAGCCGGGCGCGGCCAUGGUGGAGAUGGCCGACGGCUACGCCGUGGACCGCGCCAUCACCCACCUCAACAACAACUUCAUGUUCGGCCAGAAGCUCAACGUCUGUGUGUCCAAGCAGCACGCCAUCAUGCCCGGGCAGUCCUACGGGCUGGAGGACGGCUCGUGCAGCUACAAGGAUUUCAGCGGCUCGCGCAACAAUCGCUUCUCGACGCCCGAGCAGGCGGCCAAGAACCGCAUCCAGCACCCCAGCAACGUGCUGCACUUCUUCAACGCGCCGCUCGACGUCACCGAGGACAACUUCUACGAGAUCUGUGACGAGCUCGGGGUCAAGCGCCCGUCCUCGGUCAAGGUGUUCUCGGGCAAGAGCGAGCGCAGCUCCUCGGGGCUGCUGGAGUGGGACUCCAAGAGCGACGCGCUGGAGACGCUCGGCUUCCUCAACCACUUCCAGAUGAAGAACCCCAACGGGCCCUACCCCUACACGCUCAAGCUCUGCUUCUCCACGGCCCAGCACGCCUCCUGAGACCCCCGGAGAGACCCCCGGGACCCCCCUGAGACCCCCUGGGACCCCCCCCAGGAUCCUCAAGAUCUGCUCGGGACCCCCCGGGACCCCCAGAAUCCCCUCUUGGGACCCCCCCAGAAUCCCCCCAAGAACCCCUGGAACCCCCCUGGAGACCCUUAGGGACCCCCUCGGGGACCCCUGGAGACCCCCGGAGAAUCCCCCAGGGUCCCCUGGAGACCCCCCCAGGAUCAGCCCGGGACCCCCAGGAUUCCUUCAGGACCCCCAGAAUCCCCCCAAGAACCCCUGGAGACCCCCCAGGACCCCCCUGAGACCCCCAGGAUUCCUUCAGGACCCCCUGGGAGUCCCCGGGACCCCCAAGAUCUCCCCAGGACCUCCCUGGGGACCCCCCCUGAUCAGCCCUGGGACCCCCCUGGAGACCCCCAGGACCCCCCCUGGAACCACCCGGAGACCCCCGGGACCCCCCUGAGACCCCCAGGAUUCCUUCAGGACCCACAGAAUUCCCCCUGGAGACCCCCGGGACCCCCCCAGGACCCCCAAGAUCAGCCCUGGAGACCCCCAGAGCCCCCCUGGGGACCCCUGGAGACCCUGGGACCCCUUUGGGGACCCCCCAGGACCCCCAAAAUCCCCCCCCUGGCACCCUCUAGGGACCCCCAGGGACUCCUGGGACCCCCCCGGGACCCCCCUGGGGACCCCCAAGAUCAGCCCUGGGACCCCCAGGGACCCCCUGGAACCACCCAGAUCCACCUGGGACCCCUCUGGGGACCCCCCUGAGACCCCCAAAACCCCCCCCCAGGAAUCCUGGGGACCCCCGGGACCCCCAGGAUGACCCCGGGGACCCCCAAAACCCCCCCUGGGACCCCCAGGGACCCCCCAGGAUCAUCCUGGGGACCCCCAAGAUCCCCCCAGGGACCCCCCCGGGACCCCCCAAACCCCCCAGGACCCCCCUGGGACCCCCAAACCCCCCCUGGGACCCCCAGGAUCAUCCUGGGGACCCCCAAACCCCCCCUGGGACCCCCAGGAUCAUCCUGGGACCCCCAAGAUCCCCCCAGGGACCCCCAAGUUCCCCCCCUGGACCUCUCAGGACCCCCUGGAUCCACCCUGGGACCCCCCCUGGAGACCCCCAGGACCCCCAAAACCCCCCAGGGACCCCUUUGGGGACCCCCAAAACCCCCCCU